AUGAAGGCGAUGAUGGCGGAGGCGUCCAAGGGCGGCGGGGCCGCCCCCACCGUGACGCGUUUCAAGGGGCUGGGGGAGAUGAUGCCGACGCAGCUCUGGGACACGACCCUCAACCCUGCCAGCAGGCUGCUGCGGCGCCUGACGAUGGACGACGCGGCCGAGGCCAGCCACACCUUCACGCUGCUGAUGGGCGACAAGGUGGCGCCCCGGCGGCAGCUCAUAGAGGAGUACGGCAGCAGGCUCACGCUGGCCGAGCUGGACGUAUGA